CCAGAGACAGACUGUUGGGAGACAGAAGCUCAGGGCCAACAGCCCUCAUUUUCAGAACACUGGCAGUACUCACCAACGGAUAAACUAAACAAAGUUCAGAGACGCAGCAAAACAGAAGUCAGUUCAAUCAUGUUGGAUCGUGUAGGAGAGCCCUUGGUGAACUCCAACUAACCCAGAGUCAAGGGAGACGGAGAGGAAGAUUAAUGGCGUGCCUAGGUUAUGGUGUGUGCUUUCCAACAUCGGGUCUGACCUGAUAGGCUUCUUUCUAAAUCUGUCAGCGUGACAGGUCUGCACACGUCCCACUGAGAAAAAUAAAGGCCUUGUUGUCGACACGGUGCUGGGCGGACUCGUGUUACCUGUUCAUAACUACAUGUGCUGGCUUCAGAUCCGUGCUGGUUUUCUCGCUGUGCCGUGCGUGUUUCACUAACCCUCCCAGCCCAAUGGAUCCAUAGCACACCCAUACUCUGACGCCAAGCUGCCAAUGGGUGUCAAUGUGUGUGCAAACUCCAGUACUUCAGUGGUUGACCUUUUUCCGUUCCCAUCUCUCUCCCUCUCCAUAGCUUCCUGUGGGACGAGUAUGCGGUGGAGGUGCGGAUCAACGACUACCUGGACAUCAUCUGCCCGCACUACGCCCGCGGCGAGGUGCCUUCCCAGGAGGCCGAGCGCUACGUGCUCUACAUGGUGGAGAAGGAGGACUACGAGGUGUGCAAGCCGCACUCCUUCGACCAGCUGCGCUGGGAGUGCUCGCGGCCGUUCGCACAGCACGCGCCUGAGAGGUUCUCAGAGAAGUUCCAGCGCUUCACUCCUUUCACCCUGGGCAAGGAGUUCCGCCAGGGAGAGAGCUACUACUAUAUCUCCAAACCCCUGCACCACCACGGUGAGGAGUGCCUCCGACUUAAGGUGGAAGUCACAGGGCCCAAAGGCCCAGCAAAGGCCAAGGCAGACAAGGCCAAGGCGGAGGAGGUGGAGAAAGCCGGCUUCGUCGGAGGAAAAGUCAAGUUCUCCGAGGCCGGAGGAGUGCACAACCCUAACAAUCUCCCAGCAGACGACCCGGCUGCCAUGGAGCCAAAUGUCCAGAGGAGCGUUGGCAGUGCUGGUGUACAGCAUGGCUCCUACUCCCUUGUCUUCACAAUCGUCCCCGUUUUAUUAGCGCUGGUGCUCCACUGAGGCGGCCUAGGUGCAGCUGGAACAGAGACAAUGCUCACCUCGUCAAUGCUGGUCAUUGACACAACAGACAUUCAACAGAGUUUUUUACAGAGAUUUUUUUAUACAAGCACAAACAAAGCUGCAGGUGUCUGGUUGUGUGUGUUGGCGUUAUGAGUGUGUCUGCGUGAUUAUGUGGUUGUGUGUGAAUGCAGAAUACCCCGGGGAUGUUGACCAUCCCAGGAAGAGGACCUUGAAGAUGUAUUUUUGGUGCUUUUUUUAUGCCAAUGGUUUUGUUCUUCUUUUUCGUCAUGUAAAUCUGUCUAGUAUUUGAUUCUGUAUUCAUCAACAAAGGGUUCAAACGUGUGUAAGGAAAAUGAUGAAUAGAAGUUUGAACUUUGUGUCUCAUUACAAAAAUACAGUACACGUGUUAUAUUCUAGUCAUUAUGCUUCCGACAAUUACAUAUACUGGAAAUAGCAUGUAUCAGUGGUAUACUUUGUUUAAAGAUGUUGUCAUGUUGUUCGGUGACUUAAAGCUUUUAAUGUGACUCCAGUAAAUACAACAUAUUGUCAUACAAAUUCAAUGAGGAACAUCUUCACAUUUAAUCCAAAAUCUCCAUCCACUGUUUUAUUAAUGGCCGUAGGUGGAACAUAUAUCCAAUGAGCACUUUGUGAUUGGCGUUAUGACAGUAAUUUUCUGGGUAUGAAACUCAUGUGUAGAGUUUUCUCAGAGCUCUAAAGUGGCUUUCAUCAAACAAAACAACAGCAGGCAUCUUUCUUCACAUCAACUUCUCUGUCUGGUAGCCUGUUGUUGUUUUAUUUCCGUUCCUAUCGCCAUUCAGUCAUUAUCUGAUUGUUGGCAACAGCCUGGUACUCGGUGUCCAAAAGAUGUGCCAUGUGUCAUUGUCAUGACACAUACUUAAAAUGAAGAUAAUUUAAUCACAUAAAUUAGGUUAUUCAGAUGAUUUGAUGAGAGUCAAAGAAACACUUUUUUUUUUUCCUGUUAAAAACACUGAUGUUGUUUUGUAAAUGUUUGUAUAUUUGAACAUAGAGUAAAUUAUAUGAAAAGUUUGAAAUGUGAAAAAAAUUAAAAGAAUGUUAUAAAAUUAA